AUGACAUUCAAUAUUCAAUUCUAUCGGACUAGUCGAUCGACAAAUCCAAUUGCGAAGUUUAUUCUCGCUCAUCAUCCAGAUGUCGUUUGUUUACAAGAAAAUAUCGAUGCCAAUGGAUGGAGUAGCAGUAAAUUAACGCCGUUGGAUUUGACUUCGGAUUACACUUUUGCAGCUGAAUGUCAAGCUGAAAAAUUUCAUGGGCACUAUUUAGCAAACACGAUAUAUGUACUCCGGAAACAUAUGAAAUACGUUGAAAAGCUUUCGGCGGUGAAUCUGACGAUAUUAACAGAAACUGUGCGAUGUGCAGCUGUUCUUCGUUUGUAUGGUACAGUCAUUGCGAACGUGCAUUUGUGUGGGGGAAGAUUUGAUGAUAAGCAAUUUUGGAAUUUUAAGGAACUGAAAUAUUUACAGUUGAAACGAUUAGUUCAACAAUAUCAUCCGGAUAUUAUUCUAGGUGAUUUCAACAACGAACAGUCAAAAUCAGUGGCUAAGAAGCAGUUAGAUAUUUAUGAAUUCUACAAAAAUUUGAACUCUUCGGAUCGAUUGUUAUUUGAGCAUUAUUACACCGCUGGAUCGGUUUAUUUGCAAGAUCAGACAAAGUACAGUCCUGCUUAUAAUGAAGCAACGAUCGGAGCGACCAGCAUAUACGGUGGCACUCCGGAUUGGGUGUAUGUCACAUAUCCAUCGCGUCUUACUGGAAAAGUCGGGAAGUAUGAUACAAUAACAACGAAUUUAUCAGAUCAUAAUGCGCUGUUUAUAGAAUAUUUGUUUGAUAAAAUCAAUUAG